AUUUGGAAAAAUGCCGUCCGACCGUCCGGAAGUUGUCGUUUUGUCGCGAGCUUGACACCGGUCAUGUAGCGGAAAGGCUGAUGGCUGCCGGAGCGAGUCUGAGCGAGAAGCGACGUCUGGACUCGGAUGUUUGGCACGUUCAGCCCAAAAUUCUUAGGAGAUAUGAGAAGGUGUGUGUUCCCAGACCGGACAGGAGGGAGGAGACGGUGUGUGUUCCCAGACCGGACAGGAGGGAGGAGACGGUGUGUGUUCCCAGACCGGACAGGAGGGAGGAGACGGUGUGUGUUCGCAGGGCGGAUGGCAGGACUCCAGACAGAGGAGAAUCCUGUGAGGAGUGGAGCUGCGAUGUGUCAGACAAGCCAAGGGUCUUGGACGAUGUGUUUCCCAGAAGGCCAUGGGAGGAGAGCGGCGAGUCAAGUGACGAUGAGCUGGGACAGCUCGACAUCGACCUGGACAGGAAGUCCAAGCAGCACAACCUGACGUCCAGCAACGUCCGCACCAUCCUGCAUGAGGUGAUUACCCAUGAGCACGUGGUGGCCAUGAUGAAAGCUGCCAUCCAGGCCACACAGGACCUGCCUAUAUUUGAGCCGAAGAUGACACGGGCCCGACUGCGGCAGGUGGCGCAGCAGAACAUGUCAACAGGGGGAGCCAGAGCGAAGCCACCUCAGUUUGUGGACAUCCUGUUGGAGGAUGAUGAAGACUCGUCUGAUGAAGAAUACUGUCCUGAGGAGGAGGAGGAGGAGGAGGAGGAGGAGGAGAUAUUUCUAAGUGAUGCAGACAGCAUGGGCUCAUCUCCCAGAAUGCCACAGGGCUCACAAUCGAGAGAGGCACCUGCCCAGCAGACUGACGGCCCCACCAAGGAGGCUGCGUUUCCCAGACACCCCAGGGUGGAGGCUCCUCCCUGCCCUCCUGCAGACUCCUCCUUCUUGGAGCGGCUCCAUGCUGUGGAGGAGGAGCUGACCUUUAACCCCACCUGCCCUGGCUACCAGCCUCUGACCGUAGAGGGUGAGAACGAUGAUGAUGAUGAUGACGAUGAUGCCAGCGGGCUGGCGUACCGCACACGCUCCAAACGUCCUUUGGUGGAUAUUCCACUGGGCCGGCUGGAGGCGGAGCUUCUGGCCCCUGACAUCACGGCCGACAUGUACGAUGAGAGCGCCGCCCUGCAGGAGGAGGACCGCCACUGGGCUCGCUGGCUGCAGGGCCUCAUGGCCUCUGACCACGAAGAGGAAGGAGACGACGAGGACGACCCUGAAUACAACUUCCUGGACGACCUGCAGGAACCCGACCUGGAGGACUACAGGACUGACCGCGCCGUCCGCAUCACCAAGAGGGAGGUGAACGAGCUGCUGGAGGAGCUGUUUGAUACGUUCCAAGAGGAGCCCGGAAACAAGCAGGAGGAGGAGGGGGAGGAGGAGGAGGAGGAGGUGGAGGUGGAGGUGGAGGUGCCAGAACAGAACCUGCCCCAGUUCAAUGUCCCGCAGGCUUUACGUUUCCAGGCUCCGCUCGACAGCUUGCUGACGGAGCGCCGACGGGCUGUACGACAGCAGUACGAGGCUCUGCAGCAACGCAGGGCCCUGCAGGACACGCCCGCUCAUCACCAUGACAACCUCAGCUUGCAGAGUGUGCCCGGGCAACGGGCACCCGCCAGCACCAUCAUUGUGCCAGGCCGGAUCUGCCCCGCCCUCUACCUGGACCGAAGACAGAAGCUGCAGCUGCAGCAGCAGGUCCAGCAGCACGUCCAGCUGCUGACGCAGGUCCACCUGCUUAGUCGCCACAUUGAAGCCCUGAACCACGAGGCCAGCAUCACCAAACAAUACCUGGAGGAGCUUCAGCGGUUCUCCGGGCUUCGGGAGGAGCUAGGCCUCCCAAGCAGCUUCAGAGCUCUGAACCUCCAGGAGGCCUUGGAUCUCCUGCAGGAGGUAGAGGAGAGAGAGGAGGCUCCGCCCCCUCGCCGUCCUUGUCCUGCAGUUCGCCGCCGCCUGCUGCCCAGCAUGAGCCUUGCCACCAGCAGUCGGGCCUACCCUCUACUGCCGGCCGAUGCUGCCUGGCUCUUCGCCACACGGUCGGUCUUCCUGCACCCUGAACUACUUCCUAUUUGCAGCCUGGACCCCGACCUGCAUCCCCACAGAUCCAGGACCAUAUACACUAGUGGAGAGGACUGUCUGAUCGUGUUGGGGUUGAGGCAUUUCGAGUGCAGCAUUCUGCCCGAGCAGCUGCUCAGUUCCUUCCUGCUCUGCAAGAAACAUGAGAACGUGAGGAGACACAUCUCUGAGAUGUGCGGUCCCAACGCCCCGCAGGACAACGUCAUCAAGCUGUUCUGCCAGUCGCGGGUGGUCCCGCUGAUGCCCGUAGCAUGCAGCAGAGUACUGCCGGGACAGCAGCGCCCCCCGGUGGACAGGGUGGUCUCCGUCUUGCCGAACUGGCUCAAGAAGAGUCAGCAGAUCAUCCAGAAGACCCGACUGGUGUCCGGCAGCUACCCCCUCACCCUGCCUGACAGCUGUACCCUGCGCCUGCACCCCUCCCCUCUCCGCAAACCGGCUUGCCAAACCACCCAGAGGUCUACCCGCAUGUUCACCCUGAACCACACCGCCUCGCUGCCGCCGCUCGCCAAAGCCCCGGCAGACCAGCAGCCAGUUGGCUUCUUAGCUCACGUGCCUGGUGCCUCUUCACAAGUCAUCACUCCGUUGGCUGAGGUGCCUGCAAAACAAACCCAGAUGACCCCGCUGCCUCCUACUCCUCAGACGCUGCCAACGUUUGCUGUUUGUCCAGGCUCCGCCCACUCUGCGCGUGGCGCCACCAGCCAGUCACUUUCCAUCCUCACUAUAGUGCCGCCCAUCAGCAGCAGGAGGGCGCCAACCUUCACCAAGCAACCAGACAGACACCAUACUGUCCCCCCUCCAGCCCCGCCCCCCUCUUCCCAGACUGUCCCAGACCAGCCAGCAGGGGGUGGAUCGAGUGCCACCAUGAAGCCGGACCACUUCCUGGUUCAGAGCAGAGACUCCCAGCAUGCUCUGGGGCUCAGGCAGAGUUCUAGAAGCGCAGAGAACAGGGUGGGGGGAGGGGAGGAGCUUAUGGAGGAGCUGGAAAGUUUAUCAUCGGCAUCGACACUGAGUCCCCUGUCCUCUCCGGGAGGGCGGAGCCAAGAGGAGGAGGAGGAAAACAGGAAGUGGAGUGUCGGGUAUGUUGCCAUGACUAAUGGAGGAGAGGAGGAGCAGGAGGCGGGGGGGACAGGGGCCGGAGACGGAGACUUAGGCGGGGCAGGAGACGGAGGAGGAGGGGGAGAGGGAGGUGGAGCCGGAGACAGAGACCAGGACGGAGAAGGGGAUGAGAAUGGCGAGCGAGACGAGGCACAGAGCAACGGUGAGCGGGACGACGACGGAGAGAAAGACGGGGAUGGAGAUCAGGACAGGCAGGGAGAGGAGGAGGAAGAGGAGGACUUUGAUGACCUGACACAGGAUGAAGAUGAGGAGGAAGCGAUGUCGUCUGCCUCAGAGGAGUCUGUGCUCUCUGUUCCAGAGUUACAGGAGACGAUGAAGCAGCUGACAUGGCUCGCCUCCGAGGGCAGGCUCUGUGGAGAUGCUGACUCUGAGGAGGACCACUCCCCUGCCUCCCCCACCUCCCCCGGCUCCCAGGAGGACAACUCUGAGGAGGAGGAGGAGGGGCCUGCCAAGGGGGAGGAGUCAGGAGAAGGGAGGAGUGCUAAGAUGACAGAUGAAGAGAUGCCGCCCGGGGAGGGAACCCCGAGAUCGGGCGGGAAGGGUCCGGGACGAGGACGAGGUCGAGCCCGGCCCCCCCGUGGCCUGAGGCGGAGCCGACAGGAGCGCAACAGCAAGGACUCAUCCAAACUGCUGCUGCUGUACGACGACAACAUCCUGGACAACGACCCACACCGAGAGAGCAAGGAUAUCGCCUUCGCCCAGAGCUACCUGACCAGGGUUCGUGAGGCACUGCAGGACGUUCCAGGGAAGGUGGAGGAGUUUCUGGCUCUGCUCUAUGAGUCUGAGCGCGUGGAUGAAGGACGGGAUGUGGUUGCGCUGUUCAGGAGGUUGCAUGGCAUCCUGGGAGAUCGGACAGACCUCCUUCGAGACUUCGCUGCCUUCCUCCACCCGGAGCAGGCGCUGGAGUGUGGCCUGUUCGAGGAGCAGCAGGCGUUCGAGCGCAGCCGUCGUUUCCUGAGACAGCUGGAGAUCAGCUUCGGAGAAAAUCCCUCACACUACCAGAAGAUCAUCAAGGCUCUGCAGGGAGGAGCUGAUCUCAGCCCCGCCAGCAUCCACGAGCUGAAAGCACAGAUGUCCGUUCUGCUGAAAGGCCACACCCAUCUGCAAGGGGAAUUCUGGGUAUUUUUUGAUGAACUCCGCCCACCUCCAGCCCGCCCAGGACAGUUUGAAGAAGCUCAUUGGCCGGAUGAGGGAGGCGGGUCUGAUGGAGGUGAGGUGAUUAUCUCAGGGUCAGGAGGCGGGGCUAGCAGCGGCUUUGAGGAGGUCACACUGCCUGAGCUUGAAGAAGAGGAGGAGGGCCAUAAAAUCCAACCAAUGGCAAGCCGACGUCGUAGGAGGAAGAUUGGUUCCCAUGGCAACUAUAAGGAGUGUGAUUGGUCGGGUAAGAACUGGCGCUGCCUCUGCCACGAUGCCAAGAUCCGCCGACACAAGAGGAAAGGCUGCCCUCGCUGUCACGGCAACAAGACUUCAGAUGGUGUUUCCAGAGCCAUGAAGAGUCUGGAUCCUCUGUACUCCCAGAUAGGCUCCGCCCACGAUGACCCAGGGGACAAAGACAGAGAGCUGGACUCGGAACUGAAGGAGGAAGACGACAGCGGGACCAGCAGCCCGCAGCCAGAACAAAGCAUAGCAUCAUGGGAAAGUUCAUUCCCUCUGGCUGAUGAGAAAGAGGAGGAAGAUGAUGAAAUGGAGGAUGAAGAGGAAGAAGAGGAUGAGGAGGAGAGGAAGAACAGCGAGAAUGAGCAGAGCCCGCUGAUGAAGAGAAGUAGGGGAGACGAGGAGAACACCUCCACCUGCACCUCCUGCUGCUCCUUGUCCUCUGUCUAUACCUCCUCCUCCACUUCCUGCUCCAUCUCCACAUCUUCAUCCUCCACCUGCACCUCCUCUGUCUCCUUGUCUGUAUCCACCUCCUCUGUUUCCACCCAGAUCUGCAUCUCCAACCUUGACUCCUCCACAGCCCUCUCCUCCUCCACCAUCACCUCCCCCUGCUCCUCCUCCUCCUCAGCCGUCUUGCAGGCUCGGCCCAGUCCUCCUCCUGACCUCCCGGUCUGUGCCAAGAACAUUUCUCUGACAGCGAGCGGGGAGAAAGUCAUCCUGUGGACCAGGGAGGCGGAUCGAGUCAUUCUCACCACCUGCCAGCAGGAGGGAGCCAAUCAGAACACAUUCCAGGCCAUCUCCAGUCUGCUUGGUAACAAGACUCCCAGUGAGGUCUCUCGGAGGUUUCGGGACUUGAUGCGUCUGUUUCGUACAGCUGCCCGUCAAACCAGCUCUGAGGAUGAGGCUCCGCCCACUGAGCCAGCAGCUGCCAGUGAAGAGCCAGAAUGAAACCAGCCAGACAACCUGUCUAGUCUUUUUUUGUUUUGCCUCUUUCUAUUUUCCAGACUUAGUGUACUUUUAGAUGUUUGAGUAUUAAUCAGAAUCCACAUGUUCAGAAGCUGCUUCUCUCUAACAUUCAUGUCAUUUGACAUGUAAAUAUAAUUUGUAAGGCGUCUUCUUCAGGGGCUAUUUUCUGUUGCUUUUAUGCUAACAGAGAAAAAGUGGCAGUUUGUCAGAAAAACAAGCAGAACAUUUUAAAUCUCAAAGCAGCCAAAUCCACCUCGUGUUUUCAGGGCGUCCAUCUGUGUUUGUUGCUUUUUUGCUCUUGUCUGUCAGAUGAUUUGGAUGCAACUCCUGAAUGCACCAGAGACGUUAAACCAGGGGUCACCAAUCAUGUGCCAUGGAGUGCCAAGAGGCUGCAGGUUUUCAUUCCAACCAAGACCUCCACCAGGUGACUUCACUGAUCACCUCACCUUGUAUCAGAAAGGAGGAGCUAAUCAGUGAAAUCACCUGGUGGAGGUCUUGGUUGGAAUGAAAACCUGCAGCCUCUCGGCCCUCCAUGGCACAUGAUUGGUGCCCCCUGCGUUAAACUGAUGAUCAGCUGAAGCUCUCAGAUUUUUUCGGUUUGGUUUUUAUUCAAACAUUUGAAAAAGAUCGGUAUGUUCUGGAAAAUGGUGUAAAAUAAAGUGAUUGGCCUGUUUAAAGGCCAGACCAACAGAUCGAACACGGAAUUUGUGCAUUUAGACUAGAAGUGACAGUCCCAAGAGAACUGAGGACUUUUACUUUGAAAGAUAUUUCUACAUAUUUGUACAUUCUGUAAAUAUGAAACCCAACCUGAGGGCUUUUAAUUUAGCUUUUUCUGUAAAUAUUUGGCAUGAGGUUGAAAAGCAGAUUAUCAAGACUUUUCACAUUAAACUUGUUUUUUAUUUGA